UUCCGUAAAAGAGCAAACGCAUUAGCAAACUUCUGUUUUUGUGCGCCUUCAACCCGUUAAGGCUAGAUUCGCUGCUUCUUCAACGAACUUUCCAGAAGACAAGUAUCUCCUUCACACUAAAGCAUGACCAUUUUCAUCUAGCUUCGUUCUUCAAACCAUUGUUUCUGAGAUACUGUAUGGCUCACAAUCACAUCGCCACCGAUUCACCUCUCUCUCGGCGCAUAGUUCGUGCCUUCCUCUACUUCCUCAACUCUGGAAUAGUUGAACCGGGUCCUGGGGUUGAUGCUGAGGGCAUUGAGGUUGCUAGGGAGUGUUUGGCAGAGGCUUUUAAGCUUAAUUCAUCUCCUGUGGCUGGUGAUGAUGUGAAAUCUGAUUCAUUGAUUGACAUAUUCAAGUCUCUUGAAGCUAACAAGCAAUGUGAAACUAGUAAGUCAGACGUUGGUCCACUGCCGGAUUCUGCGGAUGCUUCAAGUUCAUUCUUGGGUGAGAAUCCUGCUCGUGGGAAGAAUCAUUCUGAGGCGUCGAAAUCUACGGAUGAAGAUUCAACACAAGGCCCUCAUGCUUUUGUAUCUAAAGAUGAACUGUGCGGACAAUUCUUUGCUGCUCUGGAGAAAAAUCACUAUUUUUGGAGCAAUACUGAUGGGAGUGAUGAUCCUGGGCAACUGGAGAAAGCUAGUUGUUUAUUCGAUGAGGCUUGUAUGGAAAUGGAAAGAUGUGAUUGUCACCAAUUUAGUUUGAAGAAUUUGGCUGAAUCACUAAAAACACUAGGUAACAAGGCAAUGCAAUCUAAGAAAUACUCUGAUGCAAUUGAGUUGUAUAAUUGUGCCAUUGCAGUCCAUGAAAAGAGUGCUGUUUACUACUGCAACAGGGCAGCUGCUUACACUCAGAUUAACAAAUAUACAGAAGCAAUCCAAGAUUGUCUUAGAUCCAUUGAGAUUGAUCCAAACUAUACCAAGGCAUACAGUCGUCUGGGUUUGGUUUAUUAUGCACAAGGAAAUUACAGAGAUGCUAUUCAUAAAGGCUUUAGAAAAGCCUUGCAGUUGGAUCCCAAUAAUGAGUCUGUCAAAGAAAAUAUACGGGUGGCUGAGCGUAAAUUACUAGAAGAGCAACACCGUGCAUAUCCCAACCAGCUAAACAUUUUUUUCCUCUUUCAUUCUCUAAAGAAUACAAGAUCAUCUCAAGAAUUCCCAAACCAAUCUGCACAAGGAGGAUCAAGAAGCCAUGGCGAGCCACCUCCAUUUUCCUCUAUGCCGUUUAACCCCCGUGAUAUUGCAAGCAUGUUCAUGAACUUCACGAACGCUACAAAUGCACAGCAGCAGGGGUCACAUUCUCAGGAAAGGCAAGAAGAUAGCAAUGGUAGUGGAGCUAGUGAGCCUGAAAUAAGAAUUGGGGGAAAUAUUAGUGUAAACAUGGAGGACAUGCCAGAGGAUAUAACAGGGGCCUUUCAAUCUAUGAUGGAAAUGUUAUCUGGGGCUGCACCCCCCGGGCAACCGCAAGAUCAAAUGAAUGGAAGAGCAGCACCAAACUAAGCUAUUUCAGCAUUCUGAGACUGUAAAGACUCAGACUCACAAAAGUGUUAAAUAUUUUUUUUGCUUGUUUAAUAUUUUUGACAGAUUACAGCAUUAACUAACAAAAUUCUGUGUUUACAUCAUAUAGAGCUUUUGAGGCACUACCCUUUUCGGAAGCACAAUAUAUAGUUGCCUUUCGCGCAAUAUCCAUACCUUACAAGCCUAUGGGCUGGGACGUGUAAUUUACUAAAGGGCAUAGUUGUCGUAGCCAAGUUUAGAUGAUCAUUUCUUGCAAAUCUUUUUUGUGUAUACUGUGAAGAAAAUAAAAUGGUAAAAUGAAUUAAACUUUUUUAAA